GUUAAUUGUGCCCUUUCAAAGCAAUUCAGCUGCAAUUAGGUUCAAUUCAAUUGAAUUUUUUUUCAUAUAAAUUGUAGACGUUGGUUGAUUUUGCAUUAAUUCAACUUAAAAUAGCUACAGGUAACAGUAAAUGAUCAACAAUGAAUCUUUCAACUAGACAAAGGAGAGUUUUACACUUUUUCUGUUUAAUCAAUUUAACUCUAACUGCGAUUUCGCUAAUUGUAUUGUAUUGUCUGAUUUCACCAUUAAAAUUAGUUUCAUAUUCAUGUUUUACUAAAUUGGACAAAAUUUUCUUAGCUUCGCUUGUCAAAAUUAUCAGUGUUUGGUUGACGUUAUGCUAUAAAGGUUAUCGGUUGGGUCCUGAUCCAAAUGAAAUAAUUGAUUUAUCAUCCAUAAAAGUAUUGUUUAUUUCUAACCAUCAAACAAUCAUGGAUUCUCUUAUUUUGCAUUCAAUAUUUCUCGAUAAUAAGUUUGUAAAAUUUGUCAUUGUUUGGAGUAAAGAGCAUCAAUUUAGACCUAAUGGACUAAUUUAUAAAAUACGAAAUGAUUUCGGCGUUGAUUCGAGUUUCAAGAAAGGUGAUUUCGUUGAAUACUGGGCGCUGAACUCGAGAAAUUACAAUACUGUUGUUCUUUGCCCGGAAGGUGGAUUUCGAAGUGAUGAAUUGAAAUCGAGUUUCAGAUAUGCUGAGAAAAAUGGUUUACCCAAUUGA